CCAAGUCCCGCGAGACUCCCGCCGCCGCCUCGACCGCCGCCGCCGCCGCCGCUUGCGUCUCCCCUUUGACAGUGGCCGCGGCCGCCGGACGGGACGCGGCCCCGCAGGAGCCCCGGGCGCGGGCCGGGCCGCCAGCAGAGCUCAUGGCCGAUGCGUGAGCCGACAUGGCCGCUAUGAUCCCGCCAGUGAAGCUGAAGUGGCUCGAGCACCUGAACAGCUCCUGGAUCACGGAGGACAGCGAGUCCAUCGCCACCAGAGAGGGCGUCUCGGUGCUGUACGCCAAGCUCGUCAGCAACAAGGAGGUCGUGCCCCUGCCCCAGCAAGUCCUGUGCCUCAAGGGGCCCCAGCUGCCGGACUUCGAGCGCGAGCCCCUGUCCAGCGAUGAGCAGGACCACUACCUGGACGCGCUGCUGGGCAGCCAGCUGGCGCUGGCCAAGAUGGUCUGCUCCGACUCGCCCUUCGCCGGGGCACUGCGCAAGAGGCUGCUGGUGCUGCAGCGCGUCUUCCACGCGCUGUCCAGCAAGUACCACGACCAGGGCCGCGUGAAGCAGCAGCAGCACUCCCCCGAGAGCAGCGGCGGCGCGGCGGACGUGCUCUCCGUGAGCGAGCGCCCCCGCUCCAGCACCGACGCGCUGAUCGAGAUGGGCGUGCGCACGGGCCUGAGCCUGCUCUUCGCGCUGCUCCGGCAGAGCUGGGGCGCGCCCGUGCCGGGCCCCGGCCUGGGCCUCUGCAACGACGUCAUCCACACCGCCAUCGAGGUGGUGAGCUCCCUGCCGCCGCUCUCGCUGGCCAACGAGAGCAAGAUCCCGCCCAUGGGCCUGGACUGCCUGGCCCAGGUCACCACCUUCCUCAAGGGCGUGACCGUCCCCAACUCGGGCGCCGACACGCUGGGCCGCCGCCUCGCAUCCGAGCUGCUGCUGGGGCUGGCGGCGCAGCGGGGCUCCCUGCGGUACCUGCUCGAGUGGGUGGAGAUGGCGCUGGGCGCGUCCGCGGUCGUGAGCGCCAUGGAGAGAGGCAAGCUGCUGCCCGGCCAGGAGGGCAUGGUCAGCUUCGACUGCUUCAUGGCCGUGCUCACGCAGAUGCGCCGCUCCCUGGGCUCGUCGGCGGACCGGAGUCAGUGGCGGGAGCCCACGAGGACGUCGGACGGCCUGUGCUCGCUCUACGAGGCCGCGCUGUGUCUCUUUGAAGAGGUCUGCAGAAUGGCUUCCGACUACUCCCGGACCUGCGCCAGCCCCGAGAGCAUCCAGCCCGGCGACGCACCCCUGGUCUCGGAGACGUGCGAGGUGUACGUGUGGGGGAGCAACAGCAGCCACCAGCUGGUGGAGGGCACGCAGGAGAAGAUCCUGCAGCCCAAGCUGGCGCCCAGCUUCGCCGACGCGCAGACGAUCGAAGCUGGACAGUACUGCACUUUCGUCAUUUCCGCGGACGGCUCCGUGAGAGCGUGUGGUAAAGGCAGCUACGGCAGACUGGGCCUCGGAGAUUCUAAUAACCAGUCCACUUUAAAAAAACUAACGUUUGAGCCUCACAGGUCCAUUAAGAAGGUCUCAUCUUCUAAAGGGUCUGAUGGCCACACUCUAGCGUUCACAACGGAAGGAGAAGUCUUCAGCUGGGGGGACGGCGACUACGGGAAGCUGGGCCACGGCAACAGCUCCACACAGAAGUACCCCAAGCUCAUCCAGGGCCCUCUGCAGGGGAAGGUAGUUGUUUGUGUGUCAGCGGGAUACAGACACAGUGCGGCCGUCACGGAGGACGGGGAAUUAUACACCUGGGGCGAAGGAGACUUCGGAAGACUGGGUCACGGUGACAGCAACAGCCGGAACAUCCCCACGUUGGUGAAGGACAUCAGCAACGCCGGGGAGGUGUCCUGCGGCAGCUCCCACACCAUCGCGCUGUCGAAGGACGGGCGGACCGUGUGGUCUUUCGGAGGCGGCGACAAUGGCAAGCUCGGCCACGGGGACACCAACAGAGUGUACAAGCCGAAGGUCGUCGAGGCGCUGCAGGGCAUGUUCGUCCGCAAGGUCUGCGCGGGCAGCCAGUCCUCCCUCGCCCUAACGUCCACGGGCCAGGUCCACGCCUGGGGCUGCGGGGCUUGUCUCGGCUGCGGCUCCUCCGAAGCCACCGCCCUGCGGCCCAAGCUCGUGGAGGAGCUGGCCGCCACCAGGGUCGUGGACAUCUCCAUUGGAGACAGUCACUGUCUGGCGCUGUCACACGAUAACGAAGUGUACGCAUGGGGCAACAACUCCAUGGGGCAGUGUGGCCAAGGGAACUCCACGGGCCCCAUUACGAAGCCCAAAAAGGUCAGCGGUCUGGAUGGCAUAGCUAUUCAGCAGAUCUCGGCGGGCACCUCCCACAGCCUGGCGUGGACGGCUCUCCCUCGGGACAGACAAGUGGUGGCGUGGCACCGCCCCUACUGCGUGGACCUUGAGGAGAGCACCUUCUCCCACCUCCGCUCCUUCCUCGAGAGGUACUGCGACAGGAUAAACAGCGACGUGCCCCCGCUCCCCUUCCCGUCCUCAAGGGAGCACCACAAUUUCCUCAAACUGUGUCUGAAGCUGCUCUCAAAUCAUCUUGCACUGGCACUGGCUGGAGGUGUUGCAACCAGCAUCCUUGGGAGACAGGCUGGGCCACUUCGGAAUCUGCUGUUCAGACUGAUGGACUCGACUGUCCCGGAUGAGAUCCAGGAGGUGGUGAUCGAGACUCUGUCGGUGGGCGCGACCAUGCUGCUGCCCCCCUUGCGAGAGCGGAUGGAGUUGCUGCAUUCUCUCCUGCCGCAGGGGCCCGACCGGUGGGAGAGCUUGUCUAAGGGACAGAGGAUGCAGCUGGACAUCAUCCUGACCAGCCUGCAGGACCACACGCACGUGGCGUCGCUGCUGGGCUACAGCGCCCCGUCAGACGCGGCCGACCUCGCCUCCGCGUGCUCCAGCUACGGCAGCCUCUCGGACCCACCCUACGGCGAGCAGGGCGGCCACCCCGACACCCACCUCGCCGAGAUCUUGAUGAAGACGCUCUUAAGGAACUUAGGGUUUUACACGGACCAGGCGUUCGGGGAGCUGGAGAAGAACAGCGACAAGUCCCUGCUGGGCGCGUCGCCGUCGGAGAGCAGCCAGCCCGCGCACCUGCACGAGCUCCUGUGCUCGCUGCAGAAGCAGCUCCUGGCCUUCUGCCACGUCAGCAGCGUGAGCGAGAACUCGAGCAGCGUGGCGCUGCUCCACAAGCACCUGCAGCUCCUGUUGCCUCACGCCACGGACAUCUACUCGCGCUCCGCGAACCUGCUCCAGGAGAGCCCUUGGAACGGCAGCGUCGGGGAAAAGCUCAGAGAUGUGAUUUUCGUCUCGGCCGCAGGCAGCAUGCUCUGUCAGAUCGUUAACUCCCUACUGUUGCUCCCCGUGGCCGUGGCCCGGCCUCUGUUGAGUUACCUCCUCGACUUGUUGCCGCCUCUUGAUUGCCUUAAUAGACUCCUCCCCGCCGCGGCCCUCCUGGAAGAUCAAGAGUUACAGUGGCCUCUUCACGGAGGGCCGGAGCUGAUGGACCCCGCGGGCCUCCCCCUGCCGCAGCCAGCCCAGUCGUGCGUGUGGCUCGUGGACCUGGAGAGAACCGUCGCUCUGCUCAUUGGGCGGUGUCUCGGUGGCAUGCUCCAGGGCUCUCCCGUGUCUCCGGAGGAGCAGGACACGGCGUACUGGCUGAAAACACCCCUGUUCAGUGAUGGCGUGGAGAUGGACAUACCUCAGCUAGAUAAAUGCAUGAGCUGCCUGCUUGAGGUGGCCCUGUCGGGAAACGAGGAGCAGAAGCCUUUUGACUACAAGCUGCGUCCUGACAUGGCCAUCUACGUGGACCUGGCGCUGGGCUGUUCCAAAGAGCCUGCUCGGAGCCUCUGGAUCAGCAUGCAGGACUACGCCGUCAGUAAAGAUUGGGACAGUGCAACGCUAAGUAACGAGUCACUCCUGGAUACUGUGUCCAGAUUCGUUCUGGCAGCGCUCUUGAAACACACAAAUCUACUCAGUCAAGCCUGUGGAGAAAGCCGAUAUCAGCCGGGUAAAAGCUUGUCAGAAGUAUAUCGUUGUGUGUAUAAAGUUCGAAGUCGUUUGCUUGCUUGCAAGAACCUUGAACUUAUUCAGACUAGAUCAUCAUCACGCGACAGAUGGAUCUCCGAGAACCAGGACUCUGCAGAUGCCGACCCCCAGGAGCACGCCUUCACCCGGACCAUCGACGAGGAAGCCGAGAUGGAGGAGCAGGCCGAGCGGGACCGGGAGGAGGGGCACCCCGAGCCCGAGGAGGACGAGGAGGAGCGGGAGCAUGAAGUGAUGACCGCUGGCAAAAUCUUUCAGUGCUUCCUCUCAGCCCGGGAGGUAGCUCGCAGCCGAGACCGAGAGAGGAUGGGCAAUGGGGCGGGCUCCGGGGCCCGCGCAGAUGACCCGCCCCCCCAGUGCCAGCAGGAGCGGCGGGUGAGCACAGACCUUCCCGAGGGCCAGGACGUCUACACUGCUGCCUGCAACUCCGUGAUCCACCGCUGCGCCCUGUUAAUCCUGGGAGUGAGUCCCGUGAUCGAGCAGCUGCACAAGCGGCGGGAGGAGGGCCAGUCGCCGCAGCCCCCCGCGAGCACCUCCGAGGGCGGCGGCCUCAUGACCAGGAGUGAGAGUCUCACCGCGGAGAGCCGCCUCAUCCACGCGAGUCCCAGUUACAAACUGAUCAAAUCACGGAGUGAGUCUGACCUGUCGCAGCCGGAAUCUGAUGAAGAGAGUUACGUGCUGAGCGGAAGACGGAAUGUCGAUCUGGAUUUGGCGUCAUCCCAGAGGAAGAGGGGCCUCCUGCACAGCCCCCUGGACCCCCUGGGCGGCUCCUGGGCCCGCCUGAAGCACAGCAGGGACUGGCUGUGCAACGCCUCUUGCUCCUUCGAGUCCGACUUCGAUCUCAGCAAGUCCCUGGGAGUCCACACCUUGAUCGAGAACGUCAUGAGCUUCGUGAGCGGCGACGUGGGCAGCGCCCCUGGCUUCAAGGAGCCCGAGGAGAGCAUGUCCACGAGCCCGCAGGCGUCCAUCAUCGCCAUGGAGCAGCAGCAGCUGAGGGCAGAGCUCCGCCUGGAAGCGCUUCACCAGAUCCUGGUGUUGUUGUCGGGGAUGGAGGAGAAGGGCAGCGUGUCUGCCGCGGGCAGCAGGGCGAGCCCCGGCCUCCAGUCGUCCGCGCUGCUCACCUCCGUGCGGCUGCAGUUCCUGGCCGGCUGCUUUGGUCUGGGGACGGUCGGGCACUCAGGAAGCAAAGGCGAGAGUGGCCGUCUACAUCACUACCAGGACGGCAUCAGAGCGGCCAAGAGGAGCCUGCAGCUGGAGAUCCAGGCGGCCGUGCACAGGAUCUACCAGCAGCUGUCGGCCACCCUGGAGCGCGCCCUGCAGGCCAACAAGCACCGCAUCGAGGCCCAGCAGCGCCUCCUCCUGGGAACGGUCUUCGCGCUGAGCGUCCACUACCAGCCUGUGGACGUGUCCCUGGCGAUUUCCACGGGGCUGCUGAACGUGCUGUCGCAGCUGUGCGGCACGGACGCGCUGCUGGGGCAGCCCCUGCAGCUGCUGCCGAAGACGGGCGUGUCCCAGCUCAGCACGGCCCUGAAGGUGGCCAGCACGCGGCUGCUGCAGAUCCUGGCCAUCACCACGGGGACGUACGCGGACAGGCUGAGCCCCAAGGUCGUGCAGGCGCUGCUGGACCUGCUGUGCAGCCAGCUGAAGAACUUGCUGUCCCAGGCCGGCGUCCUGCUCAUGGCCUCCUUCGGAGAAGGGGCAGAAGAGGGGGAGGACGAGAGGAAAGCCGACUCGAGUGGAGAGACUGAGAAGAGAGAUUUCAGAGCGGCUCUACGGAAACAACACUUGGCCGAGUUGCAUCUGGGGGAUUUUUUAGUUUUCCUUCGCCGAGUUGUGUCUUCCAAAGCAAUUCAAUCAAAAAUGGCUUCCCCGAAGUGGACCGAGGUGCUUCUCAAUAUAGCGUCUCAGAAAUGUUCUUCAGGUGUCCCUCUGGUUGGCAACUUGAGAACAAGACUCCUCGCGCUUCACGUCCUGGAGGCCGUGCUGCCCGCCUGUGAAUCCGGGGUAGAAGACGACCAGAUGGCCCAGGUUGUUGAAUGUUUGUUUUCCCUUCUGUCGGACUGUAUGUGGGAGACGCCCAUUGCUCAGGCCAAACAUGCCAUUCAAAUAAAGGAAAAGGAGCAAGAAAUAAAAUUACAGCAGGGAGAGUUGGAGGAGGAGGAUGAGAAUCUCCCGAUACAAGAGGUCUCCUUCGACCCCGAGAAGGCUCAGUGCUGCCUGGUGGAAAACGGCCAGAUUCUGACCCACGGCAGCGGAGGGAAAGGAUACGGGCUGGCCUCGACCGGCGUCACCUCGGGCUGCUACCAGUGGAAGUUCUACAUCGUGAAGGAAAACAGAGGCAACGAAGGCACGUGUGUUGGGGUUUCCCGAUGGCCCGUGCACGACUUCAACCACCGCACCACCUCGGACAUGUGGCUGUACCGCGCCUACAGUGGCAACCUCUACCACAACGGCGAGCAGACCCUGACGCUCUCCAGCUUCACCCAGGGGGACUUCAUCACCUGUGUGCUGGACAUGGAGGCCAGGACCAUUUCCUUCGGGAAGAAUGGGGAGGAACCCAAAUUAGCUUUUGAAGAUGUGGAUGCGUCUGAGCUAUACCCCUGUGUCAUGUUCUAUAGCAGCAACCCCGGAGAAAAGGUGAAGAUCUGUGACAUGCAGAUGCGCGGCACCCCCCGAGACCUGCUCCCUGGAGACCCCAUCUGCAGCCCGGUGGCGGCGGUGCUAGCAGAGGCCACCAUCCAGCUCAUCCGCAUCCUUCACCGGACGGACCGCUGGACGCACUGCAUCAACAAAAAAAUGAUGGAAAGGCUCCACAAGAUCAAGAUAUGCGUCAAGGAGUCGGGUCAGAAGCUGAAGAAGAGCCGCUCGGUUCAGAGCCGGGAGGACAGCGAGCUGCGAGAGGAGAAGGAGGGCAAGGAGGAGGAGAGAGGGAAGCACGGUCGCUACGGCCUGGCCGACCUCUCGGACCUGCAGCUGCGGACGCUGUGCUCGGAGGUGUGGCCGGUGCUGGCCGUGAUCGGGGGAGUCGAUGCUGGCCUGCGGGUCGGCGGCCGGUGCGUCCACAAGCAAACGGGGCGCCACGCCACGCUGCUCGGAGUGGUCAAGGAGGGCAGCACGUCUGCCAAGGUCCAGUGGGACGAAGCAGAGAUCACCAUCAGCUUCCCACCUUUUUGGUCGCCUAGUGAUACUCCCCUGUGCAACCUGGAGCCCUGCGAGCCGCUGCCGUUCGACGUGGCGCGGUUCCGAGGCCUCACGGCGUCCAUGCUGCUGGACCUCACCUACUUGACGGGCAUCCACGAGGACCCGGGCAAGCCGGGCGCCAAGCGGCACGAGAGGAAGCAGCGGCCCGAGUCCGAGGAGCGCGCGGAGCCGGAGCCCAGGAGCGAGGGCGAGGCGGCCCUGGACGCGCGGGAGGACGCCCGGGGCGCCGGCCCCGCGGGCCCCAGGCCGUCGGAGAGCGAGGCCGGCCUGACCCCCGCAGACCCCGCCCUGUCCGGGCUCGAGGCCCCGCACCCAGCGGCGGACGGCAAGAGACGCGGCCACGAGCACGCGCCCCGGGCGCACGACGGUGCGCAGGCGGAGACGCGGGCCGUGCAGCUGUCCUACCUCUACCUGGGGGCCAUGAAGGCGCUGGGCGCGCUGCUGGGCUGCAGCAAGUAUGCUGAGCUGCUGCUCAUCCCGCGCGUGCUGGCCGAGAGCGGCCACAACGCUGACUGCGCGGGCUCCCCGGGGCCGCCCGAGGACGCGGAGCUGCGCGCCGCGCUGCAGCUGCUCAUGCGGCACAUGGUGCGCCGCGCCGUCACACGCUCGCCGCUCAAGCGUGCGCUGGGCCUGGCCGACCUGGAGCGCGCGCAGGCCGUCAUCUACCAGCUGGCCGUCCACGGGCUCCUGGAGGACCAGGGCGGCGCCAGAGCUCGGCCAGAGACGGACCAGCACCCGGAGGAGAGCGAGCCGGCCCCGCAGGCGCAGACCCCCGUCACCACCAGCCCCUCGGCCUCCAGCACCACCUCCUUCAUGAGCAGCUCCCUGGAGGACACCACCACUGCCACCACGCCUGUCACCGACACGGAGACGGUGCCCGCCUCCGAGUCCCCGGGCGUCAUGCCCCUGAGUCUGCUCAGGCAAAUGUUCUCCAGUUACCCCACUACCACUGUCCUCCCCACACGCCGUGCGCAGACGCCUCCAAUCUCGUCCCUCCCCACGUCUCCUUCGGACGAAGUCGGACGAAGGCAAAGCCUGACGUCUCCCGACUCCCAGUCGGCGAGGCCGGCCAACCGCACAGCCUUGUCAGACCCCAGCAGCAGACUGUCCACCUCCCCCCCGCCACCGGCCAUCGCCGUGCCCCUGCUGGAGAUGGGCUUCUCUCUCCGACAGAUCGCCAGAGCCAUGGACGCCACAGGUGCCCGGGGAGAGGCUGACGCCCAGAACAUCACGGUCCUUGCCAUGUGGAUGAUCGAGCACCCUGGACACGAGGACGAAGAGGAGCCCCCGUCGGGCAGCAGCUCGGACCCCCGGCAUGGGGUGGCCGCCCUGGGCAGCGGGGGGAAGUCCAACGAGCCCUGCCACUUGCAGUCGCCGGGAGACAUUCCGUCGGCUGACGCGGCCGAGAUGGAGGAAGGCUUCAGCGAGAGCCCCGACAAUCUGGAUCACACAGAAAAUGUAGCCUCCGGAAGCGGGCCACCAUCGAGGGGCCGCUCAGCGGUGACAAGGAGACACAAGUUUGAUCUGGCGGCUCGCACGUUGCUAGCAAGAGCAGCGGGGCUGUACCGCUCCGUGCAGGCCCACCGGAACCAGAGCCGGAGGGAAGGCAUGUCCCUGCAGCAGGACCCGGGGGCGCUCUACGACUUUAACCUGGACGAGGAGUUCGAGAUCGACCUGGACGAUGAGGCCAUGGAGGCCAUGUUCGGACAGGACCUGAGCAGUGACAGUGAUAUUCUGGGAAUGUGGAUCCCAGAGGUACUGGACUGGCCUACCUGGCACGUGUGUGAGGCCGAGGACAGGGAGGAGGUGGUGGUGUGCGAGCUGUGCGAGUGCAGCGUCGCCAGCUUCAACCAGCACAUGAAGCGGAACCACCCGGGCUGCGGCCGCAGCGCCAACCGCCAGGGCUACCGCAGCAACGGCUCCUACGUGGACGGCUGGUUCGGGGGCGAGUGUGGCAGCGGGAACCCCUACUACCUGCUCUGCGGCAGCUGCAGGGACAAGUACCUCGCGCUGAAGACCAAGUCCAAGACUGCGAGCUCGGAAAGGUACAAGGGACAAGCUCCAGAUCUAAUUGGCAAGCAGGACAGUGUAUAUGAAGAAGACUGGGACAUGCUGGAUGUGGACGAGGACGAGAAGCUCACGGGCGAGGAAGAGUUUGAGUUGCUGGCUGGCCCGCUUGGCCUCAACGACCGCCGCAUUGUGCCUGAGCCCGUGCAGUUCCCCGACAGCGACCCGCUGGGGGCCUCCGUGGCCAUGGUGACGGCCACCAACAGCAUGGAGGAGACCCUGAUGCAGAUCGGGUGCCACGGCUCUGUGGAGAGGAGCUCCUCGGGCAGGGUCACGCUCGGCGAGCAGGCGGCCGCCCUGACCAACCCGCACGACCGCGUGGUGGCUCUGAGGAGGCUGACGGCCGCGGCCCAGGUGCUCCUGGCCAGGACCAUGGUCAUGAGGGCGCUGUCGCUGCUGUCCGUCAGCGGCUCCAGCUGCAGCCUGGCGGCCGGCCUUGAGUCCCUGGGCCUCACGGACAUCCGGACGCUGGUGCGGCUGAUGUGCCUGGCUGCCGCGGGCCGCGCCGGCCUCUCCACCAGCCCCUCCGCCCCGGCCGCCGCCGAGCGCUCCCGCGGCGGCCAUGGCAAGGCCAGCAAGCCCAUCCCCUGCCUGGCCUACCUGAGCACGGCUGUGGGCUGCCUGGCCUCCAACAGCCCCAGCGCCGCCAAGCUGCUGGUGCAGCUGUGCACGCAGAACCUGAUCUCGGCGGCCACGGGCGUGAACCUGACGACGGUGGAUGACCCCAUUCAGCGCAAGUUCCUCCCCAGCUUCCUGCGGGGGAUCGCCGAGGAGAACAAGCUCGUGACCUCGCCCAACUUCGUGGUGACCCAGGCCCUGGUCGCGUUGCUGGCGGACAAGGGGGCCAAGCUGAGGCCCAACUACGACAAGUCGGAAGUAGAGAAGAAAGGCCCCCUGGAGCUGGCCAACGCCCUGGCGGCUUGCUGCCUGUCGUCCAGGCUGUCCUCACAGCACCGGCAGUGGGCCGCCCAGCAGCUCGUGCGCACCUUGGCCGCGCACGACCGCGACAACCAGGCCGCGCCCCAGACGCUGGCGGACAUGGGCGGGGACCUCCGGAAGUGCGCCUUCAUCAAGCUGGAGGCGCACCAGAACCGGGUCAUGACCUGCGUGUGGUGUAAUAAGAAGGGCCUCUUGGCUACGAGUGGCAACGACGGGACCAUCCGAGUGUGGAGUGUCACCAAGAAGCAGUACUCCCUGCAGCAGACCUGCGUGUUCAGCCGACUGGAGGGGGACAUUGAAGAGAGCCUGGGCUCACCCAGCGACCCCAGCUUCUCCCCCGUGUCCUGGAGUAUCAGUGGCAAAUACUUGGCUGGCGCUUUGGAAAAGACGGUGAAUAUCUGGCAAGUGAAUGGAGGAAAAGGGCUCGUGGAUGUCCAGCCUCACUGGGUGUCGGCCCUGGCCUGGCCGGAGGAGGGGCCUGCCCUGCAGUGGUCGGGAGAGUCCCCAGAGUUACUGCUGGUGGGACGGAUGGACGGGUCCCUGGGGCUGAUCGAGGUGGUCGACGUGUCCACCAUGCACCGCCGGGAACUGGAGCACUGCUACCGGAAGGACGUGUCUGUAACCUGCAUUGCGUGGUUCAGUGAAGACAAACCGUUUGCGGUGGGGUAUUUUGAUGGAAAACUGCUGCUGGGAUCCAGGGAGCCGCUGGAGAAAGGCGGCAUCACCCUCAUCGACGCUCACAAGGACACUCUCGUCAGCAUGAAGUGGGACCCGCUGGGCCGUCUCCUACUGACCUGUGCCAAAGAAGAGAACGUGAAGAUCUGGGGCGCGGUGUCGGGGUGCUGGUGCUGCCUCCAUUCCCUCUGCCACCUCUCCGUCGUGAACGGCAUCGCGUGGUGCAGCCUGCCGGGGAGAGGAGCCGAGCUCCACCUGCUCAUGGCGACCGGCUGUCAGAGCGGUUUGGUUUGUGUCUGGCGGAUCCCACAAGAUCCCACGCAGGGCAGCGUGGCCGGCUCCGAAGGGUGGUGGAAGCCAGAGUCAGACGGGCAGGACGGGUACCGGAAGCCGGCGGGAGCCAAGUGCGUGUACCAGCUCCGCGGGCACAUCACGCCCGUGCGGACCGUCGCCUUCAGUUCCGACGGGCUGGCCCUGGUGUCCGGGGGCCUGGGCGGGCUCAUGAACAUCUGGUCCCUGAGGGACGGUUCCGUGCUGCAGACCGUCGUGAUCGGCUCGGGCGCCAUCCAGACCACAGUGUGGAUCCCAGACGUCGGCGUUGCGGCCUGCUCCAAUAGAUCGAAGGAUGUCUUGGUCGUGAACUGCACGGCGGAGUGGGUGGCGGCCAACCACGUGCUGGCCACCUGCAGGACCGCCCUGAAGCAUCAGGGCGUGCAGGGGCUGAGCACGGCGCCCUGCAUGAGGGCCUUCCUGGAGCGGCUGCCCGUCAUGCUGCAGGGCCAGUACGCCUACGAGAAGCCCCACGUGGUCUGUGGUGACCAGCUCGUGCACAGCCCCUACAUGCAGUGCCUGGCCUCGCUGGCCGUGGGCCUCCACCUGGACCAGCUGCUGUGCAGCCCCCCCGUGCCGCCCCACCACCGGCACUGCCUCCCAGACCCCGCCGCCUGGAACCCCAGCGAGUGGGCCUGGCUGGAGUGUUUCUCCACCACCAUCAAGGCCGCCGAGGCGCUGACCAACGGCGCCCAGUUCCCCGAGUCCUUCACCGUCCCCGACCUGGAGCCCAUCCCGGAGGAGGAACUGGCCUUCCUGAUGGAUAACAGCAAAUGGAUCAAUGGCAUGGACGAGCAGAUCAUGUCCUGGGCGACUUCCAGGCCUGAGGACUGGCACCUGGGAGGGAAGUGUGACGUGUUCCUGUGGGGCGCCGGCAGGCACGGACAGCUGGCAGAGGCGGGGAGGAACGUCAUGGUGCCCUCGGCGGCCCCGUCCUUCUCCCAGGCCCAGCAGGUCAUUUGUGGCCAGAAUUGCACCUUCGUCAUCCAGGCCAAUGGCACAGUGUUGGCUUGUGGGGAAGGGAGCUACGGCAGAUUAGGACAAGGAAACUCAGAUGAUCUUCAUGUGCUCACAGUUAUCUCAGCCUUACAAGGGUUCGUGGUGACGCAGCUGGUGACGUCCUGCGGCUCUGACGGGCACUCGAUGGCCCUGACCGAGAGCGGGGAGGUCUUCAGCUGGGGCGACGGCGACUACGGCAAGCUGGGCCACGGCAACAGCGACCGGCAGCGGCGCCCACGGCAGAUCGAGGCCUUGCAGGGGGAGGAGGUGGUGCAGAUGUCGUGCGGGUUCAAGCACUCGGCCGUGGUGACCUCGGAUGGCAAGCUCUUCACCUUCGGGAACGGGGACUACGGCCGCCUGGGCCUCGGGAACACCUCGAACAAGAAGCUCCCGGAGAGAGUGACCGCGCUGGAGGGGCACCAGAUCGGACAGGUGGCCUGCGGCCUCAACCACACGCUGGCGGUGUCGGCCGACGGCUCCCUGGUCUGGGCCUUCGGGGACGGCGACUACGGGAAGCUGGGCCUGGGCAACUCCACCGCCAAGUCCUCACCUCAGAAAGUCGAUGUCCUUUGUGGGAUUGGAAUUAAGAAGGUCGCUUGCGGGACUCAGUUUUCUGUCGCGCUGACCAGAGACGGCCACGUCUACACCUUUGGGCAAGACCGCCUGAUAGGCCUGCCGGAGGGACGGGCGCGCAACCACAACCGCCCCCAGCAGGUCCCCGUCCUGUCCGGGGUGGUCGUCGAGGACGUGGCCGUCGGAGCCGAGCACACGCUGGCCCUGGCGUCCAGCGGAGACGUGUACGCCUGGGGCAGCAACUCCGAGGGCCAGCUGGGCCUGGGCCACACCAACCACGUCCGGGAGCCCACCCUGGUCACGGCCCUCCAGGGGAAGAACAUCCGCCAGAUCUCGGCCGGCCGCUGCCACAGUGCCGCGUGGACCGCCCCGCCCGUGCCGCCCAGAGCCCCCGGCGUGUCGGUGCCCCUGCAGCUGGGCCUGCCCGACGCCGUGCCCCCGCAGUACGGGGCGCUGCGGGACCUGAGCAUCCGCACGGCCAGGACCCGCCUGCGCCUCCUCUACCACUUCUCCGACCUCAUGUACUCGUCCUGGCGGCUGCUGAACCUCAGCCCCAACAACCAGAACAGCACCUCGCACUACAACGCCGGCACGUGGGGCAUCGUCCAGGGGCAGCUGCGGCCCCUGUUGGCCCCGAGAGUCUACACCCUGCCCAUGGUACGCUCCAUCGGGAAGACCAUGGUCCAAGGCAAAAACUACGGGCCUCAGAUCACUGUGAAGAGGAUAUCGACCAGGGGCCGCAAGUGUAAGCCCAUCUUCGUCCAGAUCGCGAGACAAGUUGUCAAGCUGAACGCGUCCGACCUCCGGCUGCCUUCCCGCGCCUGGAAGGUGAAGCUGGUGGGAGAAGGCGCCGAUGACGCGGGCGGCGUGUUCGACGAUACGAUCACGGAGAUGUGCCAGGAACUUGAAACUGGCAUCGUUGACCUUCUUAUACCGUCUCCGAAUGCCACUGCAGAAGUGGGCUACAACAGGGACAGGUUCCUCUUUAACCCCUCGGCCUGCCUCGACGAGCACCUGAUGCAGUUCAAGUUCCUGGGCAUUCUCAUGGGGGUGGCCAUCCGCACCAAGAAGCCCCUGGACCUGCACCUGGCCCCGCUGGUGUGGAAGCAGCUGUGCUGCGUCCCGCUGGCCCUGGAGGACCUGGAGGAGGUGGACCUGCUGUACGUGCAGAGCCUCAGCAGCAUUCUUCACAUUGAAGACAGCGGCAUCACCGAGGACAGUUUCCACGAGAUGAUUCCUCUUGACUCUUUCGUUGGCCAGAGCGCCGAUGGCAAGAUGGUCCCCAUCAUCGCGGGCGGAAACAGCAUCCCGCUCACGUUCUCCAACCGGAAGGAGUACGUGGAGAGAGCCAUCGAGUACCGGCUGCACGAGAUGGACCGGCAGGUGGCCGCCGUCCGAGAGGGCAUGUCCUGGAUCGUGCCGGUGCCGCUGCUGUCCCUGCUGACGGCCAAGCAGCUGGAGCAGAUGGUGUGCGGCAUGCCCGAGAUCUCCGUGGAGGUCCUGAAGAAGGUGGUGCGGUACCGGGAGGUGGACGACCAGCACCAGCUGGUGCAGUGGUUCUGGCGCACGCUGGAGGAGUUUUCCAACGAGGAGCGCGUGCUCUUCAUGCGCUUCGUGUCCGGCCGCUCCCGCCUGCCGGCCAACACCGCGGACAUCUCCCAGAGGUUCCAGAUCAUGAAGGUGGACCGGCCCUACGACAGCCUGCCCACCUCCCAGACCUGCUUCUUCCAGCUGCGCCUGCCGCCCUACUCCAGCCAGCUGCUCCUGGCCGAGCGCCUGCGCUACGCCAUCAACAACUGCCGCUCCAUCGACAUGGACAACUACAUGCUCUCGAGGAACGUGGACAACACCGAGGGCUCCGACACCGACUACUGACCCUCCGCCGGCCCCCGGUCCUGGUGACUAGGUAGAUGUUUAGGACAUAAACCGGUAUGACAAGCAGUGGCCACACGUAGUUACUCUACAUGUAACAAAGAAAUUAGAUGUUUUUAUUUUUCUGUGAUUGUACAAAAGAAACAAAGUGCUCUCCGUCAGGUUUCGCGCCCACGCGGUCACUUUGGAUAAGUUUGCAUGGAGCCAUUUUGGUGCAUUUUAAGUUGGGAAUGGUACAUUUUUGUAAACCCACUCAGUGAACAUGGAAUUGUACAUUGUGUAUAAUUGUUCAUUAGAAGGACAGUUUUACAUGAAUAUUCAUAUAUUUAUUUUGGUUUAAUUUGAAUUGCCUGUGCAGGGUUCCUUAUGCAGAGAAAUAAAGCUGAUUCCGGAGCCCG